CCCACGCUCUCAGCUGCGCCCAUCUGUCACCAUACAAUUAGUCCAUCGCCACCGCAGCAGAUACCCAUAAGCGCGGCGCACACCGACACCAGCAGCCGCUUCACGACCGACUUGCGCCCCACAAGCACGCCCCAUCGCUGGCAUGGCUGCCUGCUUCGCCGUCCGGCCACACACAUAGCAUUACGCACACAGCAUCCAGCACGUGGACUCGUGCGAUAUCAUACUUGCGGCCGGUGUAGAUGCUUCUGACUGGAGCAUUGCGCAUGCACAGCCACGAUGCCGCCAGCGCUGGCAGCAGUCCCCAACGUUCACCACAAGGAAGCCUUUCCGGCGCAGACAUGGCCCCAGUCAUAGCAAGCUCGGCUGCAAACGGUGGUUCACAUGGCGGCGGUGGAGGCCUUUUAGCGAGCGCCGACGGGAAGCAGCAGGAGGAGCACCACGAGCAGCAGGAGCAGCAGGAGCACCACGAGCAGCAGGAGCAGCAGGAGCACCACCACGAGCACCACAAGCACCACCACGCGCACAAUCACAACGCGCGGCCGCCUCCAGCAGUGUUGCCCAAGACGUGGUCAGCGGAGAGCAUCACAUCGCCCGCUGUUCAGCUUCCCACCUUUGAUCUCAACGAGCCUCGACACUAUGCGAGACGGCCCUCCUUACCAGCUCAUCACAGUAAUGGACACUUUCCAUCGGGUCCAGCAUCGCCCGUCGCAAUGCGUGACAAGGAGCAGCAGACCUCGCAGUACUACUUCACGGCAUCAAGCGCGACGGCAUCCAGCGCGACGGCAUCCAGCGCGAGACCGCAUACAAGCCAGCCAAAGCGACGCAGACUGAGCCAGCCCGUCAGCUCAUCGCUACAGAAGCGUCGUUCGAUCAGCAGAAUUCGCAGCGGCUCUGUGCUGGAGGAUGAUGGCGAGCGAGAACAGCUAUCCACCAGCGAGGGAGAGGCGUUGGGCGAUGCAUUGGGACGGCACAGACCGCCGCCUCGAUCCCCCUCCUUUUACUCUUCCACUGCCUAUGCGGCCGGGUCAUCGGGUCGCAAUGGGCGAGGCGAAUCUGGCAGCACCAGCAGCUCGGACGCUUCGAGCAGCGAUAGGCACGUCUUUGACUGGGAUGCCAAGAGGGCCGCGGUGCGAGAGAGGACGCGAGAUAGACAGAGGAUGAGCUUCGACGAGAGGCAGAGCAGCGCGAGGGCCAGGAGAUUGAACCUCACUCUGCCGGCCCGCUACGCUCCUGGCGAGGGCGAGGCCGCGAUGGCAUCGCCAGGAGCUGCACCGGGUGGAGCAGCGCUGCGCAGAGGCUCUUCCGUCUCUCGAAGAGUCGCCUCUCCUGCGCUGAGAGGAGGGGAGGAGACGGUCACUGGGCUCGGAUCCGUCAUCUCGCGCGGUCUGGACAGGUUGCAAGUGCCAGCAGGCUCAGCCAAGGAUGUGCCUCCAUCCCCCGUGCGCGGUCGGGACGCGACGCCACCAUACGGCACGCCUGCAUCUGCCGAUGCAGCAAAUGCAGCGAGCAGCAGCACUGCGAGGAGACAGGCUGCUGCGCGACCAAAGAGGAGGUUCAAUGUGAAUCCCGUCAUUGAGACUGCACUCAUUGUGGGCGCUGGAGCGGCCAUGUGUCAUGAGUUAGGUACGACUGGCAUUCCUAGGGUGCAGUUGCACGUCACGGAAUUGGCGUGGAUCUGCUCCUCUACGCUGCUGUACUUGGCAACGCGAGGCGCGGGGGCGUGCGGGUUUAUUUGGUCUACCGAUCAUCGCAAUUACAGACAAUGCGCAGAUGACGGAGCGCUAAGUGGCUUGCUGCUGGGACCUCUGCUGGCCGCGGCCGCACUACUUGCAGCUAUCCGGGAGACUGCAGGGCUGGCCAGUUCUCCUAAUGGAAGCCCAUUGCCGUUCCCGAAUUGGCAAAUCGAAGGACCUCUGCCCCUUGUGCAGCACGCUCGCCGAACACCAGACUCGCUCCAUCAGCUGGUCCUUUCGCGAUGUUCCUUGGUCAGUCUGCAAACCUUGACAUCCACGAUUCUGCUGCUGCACUUGCUAGGAACGAGGUGGAUCAGACGUCCGGCAGAUUUUCCGCAAAGCAAUUGGAGACGACUGGGGUCGUUUGUGGUGUUUGAAAUCUUCGUCACAGGCUUUGUCGAGCUCGUGCGGGAGUUGGCCGCGCGGAGCGGGAUCUCGUUCUGGACGGACUUGGCGCGCUGGGAGGUGUUCACCGCGGCUUUAUUCUAUCAGAGCAAUCUGUAUUGCAUAUCGCGACUCGCUCGUAAAAGCUUCACGCUGGGUGAGCUCUCCAUCGUAGCGGCUAUAGGCGUGACGCUCGUCAUGGAGACGCUGGGGUUGACUGUAGCCAAGGUCAUGCCUUACGCCACACCCUUCGUCAAGGCCUUUCGCAGCCCAACACCACUCGUGAUUUUCCAGUCUGCACUUGUGGUGGGCUCCUUUAUGAUCGGCUUUUUGCUCUCGCCACUGCUCUACCUCUCGCGGCAUUUGGCGCAAAAGCCAGUGCAUCGGCUGCGAUGGCCGCACAAGCGAGACCUACACCGGCGGUUGCUAGCGGGCUUUUUCUACCUCUUUGCCGCGCUGUACGUUGUCGGCGUGCUCGGUUUGUGGACGCGUUGGAUUCUGGGCCGAAGAGAUCCUUGGGUAUGGGUGCUGCAAUUUCUCAUCAAGGGCAAGCAUCCGUGGUCACGACCUUUGCUCGUUGCGUACUGGCUCGCGCUCGUGGCAGCAAGCGUCUUGAGCUGGCAAGCCAUCGUAGUCAGCGCCAAGCGCUUCAGGGUCGUGAGGAAUCCGACCGUGACUGCCGCGACUGCCGCGACGGCGACCGCGAGUGGCAGCUUGCAUGAGAACGCAGCCUCUGCGGCGCCCAACGCAGACGUGCCGAUAGCACCUUCAUCCGCGAAUACACGAGCUACCGCGGCCGGGGUGGUCAGAAGCUUGGGAGGCCUCGGAGCCAUCGGCAAUGCAGCUGCAAAUACCGAGACUGGAGGCGUGACGCUCAAGAGGGCCGCUACGCUGAGCUUGAACGCGCGCAGAAAGUUCUUUCACGCCCUGGCAGUCUUGCUCUUUGUGCCAGGCAUCGCAGCCGAUCCCGCUUUCAUGCACUUGGCCUUCUCGCUGGCGUUUUCUGCAUUCAUCUUUGCAGAGUACAUUCGCUACUACGCACUCUACCCAUUUGGCGCCACCUUGCACGUCUUUUUGGCAGAAUUUACAGACCACAAGGACAGCGGACCGGUGAUACUUAGUCACUUUUACCUCCUCACUGGAUGUGCCGGGCCGCUCUGGAUCGAAGGUUCGUCGCAGAUUACGCAACAAAUAGGCGUGCUCGUUCUCGGCGUCGGAGAUGCUCUAGCUAGCAUCGUGGGUCGACGGUAUGGGCGCGUGUACUGGCCAGGAAGCAGCAAAACGGUCGAAGGGUCGGUCGCUUUCAUCGGCAGCAUUCUUUGCAGUACCCUCCUCCUCCGCAUGCUAGGUUGGGUGCAACCAUUCAGCAUUCCUCGACUCGGCGUCGUCUUGGCUCUCCUCGGUGCGCUGGAAGGGACCAGCUCGCAAAACGACAAUCUCAUUUUGCCCGUGUACGGAUUCGUCACUCUCACGCUGCUCAACGUAUGAUGCAAGCACGUGCUCAAUGCUAAAUUUACAUGAGCGAUGAGGGAGCGUGGCGCGAAUGCGUGCAUCAAUGCUAGAUUUACAUGAGCGAUGAGGGAGCGUGGCGCGAGUGCGUGCA